GGUUUGGCCAUUAAACCCACUUUUUCACAACCAAUUCUCUGAUCCAAACAUGGCUACUGCCGCCCACCGGAUCAUUCCAAUACUCAUCAUUCUCUCAGCAAUAUUCCGGCACGGCGGUGGGGCUCGGGAGCCAUUUGCUUGCGACCCAAAAGACGCGGCGUUGAGUAGGUAUCCCUUCUGCAGGGUGGCGUUACCGAUUCCGGAGAGGGUAAAGGAUUUGAUAGGACGGCUGACAUUGCAAGAGAAGGUACGGCUUCUGGUGAACAAUGCGGCAGCGGUGCCUCGGCUUGGGAUUAAAGGGUACGAGUGGUGGUCGGAGGCCCUUCACGGCGUCUCAAAUGUCGGCCCUGGUACUGAGUUCGGCGGUGAUUUUCCCGGCGCCACCAGUUUCCCUCAGGUCAUUACCACCGUUGCUUCUUUCAAUGUGUCCCUUUGGGAAGCUAUUGGACGGGUUGUGUCAGAUGAAGCAAGGGCGAUGUAUAACGGUGGUGCAGCUGGAUUGACAUACUGGAGUCCAAACGUAAACAUAUUUCGAGAUCCACGAUGGGGUCGAGGUCAAGAAACUCCCGGGGAAGAUCCAGUGGUCGCCGGUGAGUAUGCUGCUAGGUAUAUCAAAGGCCUCCAAGGCAACGAUGGUGACCGCCUCAAGGUCGCCGCUUGCUGCAAACACUUUACAGCGUACGAUCUCGACAACUGGAAUGGUACGGAUCGCUUUCAUUUCAAUGCCAAGGUGACAAGACAAGAUAUGGUGGACACAUUUGAAGUGCCUUUUAGGAAAUGUGUGAAAGAAGGAAAAGUGGCAAGUGUGAUGUGCUCUUAUAAUCAAGUUAAUGGUGUUCCCACUUGCGCUGAUCCUAAUUUGCUUAAGGGAACUAUACGCAACCAAUGGGGACUCAAUGGCUACAUUGUGUCGGACUGCGACUCUGUUGGAGUAUUCUAUGACAACCAACACUACACAUCCACGGCGGAGGAGGCGGCGGCUGAUGCCAUUAAAGCUGGCCUAGACUUAGAUUGUGGACCAUUUCUAGCAGUCCACACAGAAGACGCUGUGAAAAAAGGAUUAUUAACUCAAACUCACAUCAACAAUGCUCUUGCCAACACAAUCACCGUUCAAAUGAGACUCGGGAUGUUCGACGGAGCGCCGUCGUCUCAUGCGUACGGUAAAUUGGGCCCUAAAAACGUUUGUUCUCCGUCCCAUCAACAGCUCGCACUUGAUGCUGCCCGUCAAGGCAUUGUUUUGCUAAAGAAUCGCCUCCCCGGUCUGCCGUUAUCCGCCGAUCACCAUCGUACUGUUGCUGUUAUUGGGCCAAACUCCGAUGUCAAUGUCACCAUGAUUGGCAACUAUGCUGGUGUAGCCUGUGGUUAUGUAACACCGCUGGAAGGAAUCAAGAGGUACACGACGGUGGUCCACCGGAAAGGCUGCGAUAACGUGGCAUGUGCAACAGACUAUUCCUUUACCGACGCCUUGGCCGCCGCCAGCACCGCGGAUGCGACGGUUCUGGUGAUGGGGCUAGACCAGUCGGUAGAGGCAGAGACGAAAGACAGAGACGGACUUUUACUACCGGGACGGCAACAAGAACUUGUUUUAAAAGUUGCUGCCGCUUCUCGAGGGCCAACGGUGGUGAUUUUAAUGUCUGGUGGACCCAUUGAUGUGUCUUUUGCUGAUAAUGAUCCUCGAAUUUCUGCCAUUUUGUGGGUUGGGUACCCUGGCCAAGCCGGUGGAGCCGCCAUUGCUGAUGUUCUGUUUGGAACAACCAACCCAGGUGGAAAGUUGCCAAUGACAUGGUACCCACAAUCUUACCUCUCCAACCUACCAAUGACAAACAUGGCAAUGAGAUCAACUUCAUCAUACCCCGGACGAACCUAUCGUUUCUAUGCUGGUCCGGUGGUAUAUGAAUUUGGUCAUGGUUUGAGUUACACUAACUUCAUCCACACAAUUGUCAAAGCCCCUACCAUUGUCUCCAUUUCACUUUCUGGUCAUCGUCAGACUCAUUCUGCUUCUACAUUGUCUAGCAAGGCCAUUCGAGUCACUCAUGCUAAAUGUCAAAAGCUCUCUCUCGUUAUACACGUUGACGUGGAAAACAAAGGAGACAGAGACGGCUUCCACACCAUGCUCGUAUUUUCCACCCCACCUGCUAAUGGCGCUACGUGGGUACCCCGCAAGCAAUUAGUGGCAUUUGAGAAGUUGCAUCUUGCUUCCAGGGAAAAACGACGCUUGCAAGUUCACGUUCAUGUUUGUAAGUAUUUGAGCGUUGUGGAUAAGUUAGGGGUGAGGAGAAUUCCACUAGGAGAUCACUAUAUUCAUAUUGGCAAUGUCAAGCAUACAGUAUCGCUUCAAGCUGCGACAUUGGGAAUAAUCAAGACGUAGAGAAUGAGAAAUCAUAUCGAGAGAGUAAAACAAAGUGGUGAAUGAUUCUAUACCAAAAAAAGAAUUUGGUGAGCAAUUUUUUUUCCUCAAACAGAAUACAUAGGGAGGAUGUAUUGUUAUGAAUAUUAGAAAAGGAUGAUGGUAAUAAAUUGAUAAUGGGGUUUGAGAGAGGUCUAAAUUUAGGACUAAAGUAAAGAUUACUUUACUUUUACCAAUGCCAAAGGGCAUUUUGGGUGGGAGAAGUUGAAAUAAACUUUUUUCUUGUCCUUUCUUCAUCAAAAGGUGUAAUCCAAUCCAUGGAUUUAAAUAUCUAUAAAAUUAUAUUACAUUAUCCAUA